GUUUUGAAAACGAAUUUUCUAGGAAAAUCAAAAAUCGAGAAGCCAAAUUCUGUUUUGGCUGCUGACACGUGGAGAAAAAAGGAGUCCAGUUUCAACCUUCACGAGUCCUACCUCUCCAAACCACCUAAAAAAUCCUAUAUUAAUCCCUCAUUUUCUCACCUUUGGAACACGCGUCUCAGUUCUUCUGAUAUCUGAUCAAAGUUUUCCUCAGCCUUUGAUUAAUUUUUUUUAAUUAAUUGUUUUGUUUUUUGUUGUUUCAUCUGGAAAUCCAACUUCCCAGUAGUUUAAUCGCGUUCAUCAAUUUUUGGAAGCGUUUCGAUUUCUGAAAUUAACAGAAACAGAGAGAGAGAGAUGGAGAAGAGUACCUUGAGUGGGUUGUUGAAGAAGGCCGCCUCUGAGUUUCCUCGCCGGCGGGCUCUCUCAGUCUCCGGAAAGUUCGACCUGACACAUGAGCGCUUGCAAGAGCUCGUCGAACAUGCCGCGUCUCUCCUGGCGGAUGCCGGAGUUAACGCCGGCGAUGUGGUCGCCCUCACCUUCCAUAACACUGUGGAGUUUGUGAUCAUGUUUCUGGCCGUAAUCCGCUGCCGAGCCACGGCUGCGCCAUUAAAUCCGGCUUACACGGCUGAGGAGUUCGAGUUUUACUUAUCGGACUCGGAAUCGAAGUUUCUCCUGACGUCAGAAGAAGGGAUUCCAUCCGCUCAAUCCGCCGCAUUGAAGCUCAAUAUCCCUCAAGUAAAAGCAAGCCUGUCUGGCGACGAUGAGUUUCUCAAUCUUUCUCCGUCAGGAACCGAAUCGAAAUCGAACAUGGCGGAAAUCGUAAACGAUCCGUCCGAUGCGGCGUGGACGGGAACGGCGUGCCGCAGUCGGAAGGCGUUAGCGGAGAAGUGUGUAUAAGAGGACCAAACGUGACGAAGGGAUAUAAGAACAAUCCAGAAGCCAAUAAGGCCGCCUUCUUGUACGGAUGGUUCCACACCGGCGAUAUCGGUUAUCUCGACUCCGACGGAUACUUGCAUCUGGUCGGCCGGAUCAAAGAGCUCAUCAACCGUGGAGGUGAAAAGAUCUCUCCAAUUGAAGUAGAUUCCGUGCUUCUGUCUCACGUCGACAUUGCUCAGGCCGUCGCCUUCGGAGUCCCCGAUGAAAAAUACGGCGAAGAGAUCAAUUGCGCUAUAAUUCCAAGGGAGGGAAGUUCAAUCGACGAGGCGGAGGUGAUGCGAUUUUGCAAGAAAAACCUAGCCUCCUUCAAGGUCCCGAAGAGAGUGUUCAUCACCGAUUCCCUACCAAAAACUGCUACCGGGAAGAUCCAACGCCGAAUCGUGGCGGAGCAUUUUCUAACUCCGAUCGCCGCAGCCGGAGCUUGAUCUGAUUGGGGGGGAUUGAAGAUUGGCGUAUGCUCCGGUUUUCUGCGAUUAAUUUCGUCCAUUGGAAGUAGAAGCCGUGAGGGCGUUACGUACGUAGGAUGUGAGGCAGUGGACAGAGUCACGAGAAUGGGCAUUGUGGGAAUUAUGUAGUUUUUAUAUUUUUUUAUUUAAUGAAAAAAAAGGAAAUACUAUAGUUUGAAAAUAUUUGAAAAA